CUUACAGUUAUUUACGGAGGUUUAAAGUCACUGUCCAUUGUUUUACCUCCUUUCACCUUGACAUCGGGUUGUUGCUACCGCGCAGUUAUGCCCAAAGGAUCACCCCAAACCCUCCGGCAUUUCAUCUAUAGGUCACAGGUUCUGAGCCUGUACCGCCAGUUCGUGCGUGCUACCAGGAGCCUUGGCGGCGGGCCAUCGCGAGCUGAGCUGACCCAGGAGGUGCGGCGCAACUUCGAGGCGCAGAAGCAGGUGGCCGACCUGCAGGCCAUCAAGUUCCAUCUGAGUGAGGGGCGCAAGCGACUGGAGCAGCUGCAGGACAUGCUUGGUCUGCAGCGCUGAACCACACUCGACCACCCUCGUGACGGCGGCAGCCGGAGCUAGGAGCGCCUGUACGGCAGCCACCCCACCCACACCACCCCACCCCACCACCCCACCAUGGUGCUGGACGCCUUCCAGCAGCGCAAGGCGGGGGUGCUGGCGGGGCUGCAAGCG